UUUCCGUUUGGCCGCUGCGCCGGCACGUGUAUUCCGCCGGUCAACGAACGCAGACACAAUCACAGACAGACAGACAGACAGACAGACAGACAGACAGCCACACACACAGACAGAAAGUGAGAGAGGAACUGAGAGUGUUAGCAAACUGGGUGGCUAUAAAACCGCUGGUCUUUUGGCAAAUGGCAUACAGUACGGUUUGGUGCGGUGUCUCUACAAUAGAAGCGAAACUCCUUUGGAAAAACAUGAAUCCUGUGCGCACUCUGUGUGUUAUGGCCAGCCUGAUGGCCGUGGCUUUGGCCACAAAUGCCGGCAAUGGCAAUGGCAAUGGUCACAGAAGCAAGAACUCCAACUCACUGAACAACAUUGAGGAUCCGAGCAACUGGGUCACCACCAGUGAAAUUGAGCAGCUCCCCACGCUGAAGGAGGUGACGCUCCGACGUCUCGAGGACAUGUCUGCUGAUGAGGGUGCCACGCUUCUCGAUAAAUUGUACCAUCUGUCGCAGUUCAAUCGCAUCUUCAAGCCCGACUAUAUGCCCGAGCCGAGCAAGAUUAAGGGCUACAUUGUUGGCCAGAACGGCGAGAAGAUCGAAUUCAAUAUGAACAACUUUGUGCAGACGGUGAAGCGUCAGCCCAACUUUGGCGACGACGAGGUCACUAUUUUCAUUCAGGGUAUGCCCGAGAGCUGGAGCCAGGCGAACAAGGCCAAUCGCAAGUUGGUCCAGGCCUAUCAGCAGCGUUACAAUCUCCAGCCCUAUCCCGGCCAACAGGACAGCAGCGAGGAGCAAACGCAACAGAAACGCAAACAGAACCAGGACCAGGAUGACAACACAACCGGUGAUCUGGUGGUCAUCGCACUUGGCGAUAUUAUCGAUGACUUUGAGCAGUUUGCCACAUUGAAUGUGGAGCGCAUUGGUGAACUGAUUGGCAGCCGUCUAGUGCAACUGACCAACGAAGUCAAUGUGCCUCAGGAAGUUAUCCAUUUGAUUGGCCAGGGACCAGCUGCCCACGUUGCCGGUGUUGCCGGACGCCAGUACACUCGCCAGACCGGACACAAGCUGCGCCGCAUCACUGGCCUGGACCCCUCCAAGCAGUACGCCCAGCCCGACAACAAGCUGAGCGGUCUGUCCCGUGGUGAUGCUGAUUUCGUUGAUGCGAUUCACACGUCCGCCUAUGGCAUGGGCGUCCAGAAACGCCUCGCCGAUGUUGACUUCUAUCCCAAUGGACCGGCGGCUGGUGUUCCCGGAGCUGAUAACGUUGUGGAGGCAUCUAUGCGCGCCACCCGCUACUUUGCCGAGUCUGUCCGUCCUGGCAAUGAACGCAACUUCCCCGCCGUUGCCGCCAGCUCCUACAAGGAGUACAAGCAGAACAAUGGCUAUGGCAAGCGCGCCUACAUGGGCAUCGCCACCAACUAUGACAUCCGUGGCGACUACAUGCUCCAGGUGAACUCCAAGAGCCCCUUCGGCCGCAACACCCCCGCCCAGACACAGAAUGGCUACCAUUCCGUUCAUGAGUCUUGGAGGCAGCAGCAGAGGCAGCAGCAGCAGCAGAAGAAGAACUUCGCUUAAGUCUUGCCGGAACGUUCAAUCCAAAAGAAAAGGGCUAACAUCAACGACUAGAACAACAAUAACAAAACGCAUUUCCUUCCAUAUCGAUUGACUUGUUUACGCUUAGUUUUCAAAUAAAAUUUUGCAUUCUCAAAAAAAUAAAUAAAAAAAUUA